CUGCUUCUAGUCUGCAAGUCUUCGGUUACCGAUCAAAGCUCAUCGAGCGGAUUUGCUGCUGGCUUUUAACGUCAAUCCACAACAUUUUUUAACGUCAAUAUGAAGCACAUCGCCGCUUACCUCCUCCUCCAGCUUGGUGGUAACGGGAGCCCUUCGGCCUCGGACAUCAAGGAGCUCCUCGACACUGUCGGUAUCGGGGCUGACACUGAGCGUGUCGAGAAGCUGAUCAGCGAGCUCGAGGGCAAGAACAUUGCUGAGCUCAUCACUGAGGGUGCUUCCAAGCUUGCAUCCGUCCCAUCUGGUGGUGUUGCUGCCUCUGCUGGCGCUGCCCCGGCUGCCGCCGCUGGUGCUGGUGCUGCUGAGGAGAAGAAGGAGGAGAAGAAGGAGGAGGAGAAGGAGGAGUCCGACGACGACAUGGGCUUCGGUCUCUUCGACUAAGUGUCUCGCAUACUACCUUCCUUCAGCAUCCCUGCACACCGGUGCAACCUUAAUGGCACUAGCAGGACAUGUGAUUUGGGC